AUGCCGCACUCGGCGCACCCGUCCAACUCGCAGCCCCCGGUUCCCAUCUCCAUCACCAUCUGCGGCGACGGCGGUUGCGGAAAGUCGUCGAUAACACUGCGCCUCGUCCGCUCCCAGUGGACCUCCGAGUAUGACCCGACCAUCGAGGACAGCUACAGCAUCACGCGCCGCAUCGAUGGCGCCACCUACCACCUCGCCCUGACCGACACGGCCGGCCAGGAGGAGUACAGGGGGAUGUGGGCUUCGUCCAACCUCGGCGCCGACGCCUUCCUGCUCGUCUACGACAUCACGUCGGCCGACUCGCUCGAGGCCCUGCAGUACUUCAACGACCUGAUCGACAUGGAGGCCGAGACGCGCCUCGACAACGCCGCCCGCGCGCGCCGCGCCGGCGUCCACGACAGCAGCGGCGGGGCGCGCACCGUGCCCCCAGUCAAGAUCAUCGCGGGCAACAAGUGCGACUUGCAGGAGAGCCGGCAGGUGACGGCCGCGCAAGGCCUGGACUGGGCCCGCCGGCACGGGUGCGGCUUCAUGGAGACGAGCGCGCGCCUCGAGGUCAACAUCGAGGAGACGUUUGCGCUCAUCGUGCGGCGCGUCGCCGAGGCGCGCCGCCUGGCCGAGCUGGGCGUCGUCGACCACGACACGGCGCAGAUGGAUCGCCGGGGCAUGACGAAACCCCUGAGCCCACUGCCGACGAGCGAGAGCGAGAAGAGCGGCGGCGGCGGAAAUGGAAACGGCUCUGGUGGCGGAGGGAAGCAGAGGGCUGUGGGCCUGCGGGGGCCCAACUUCAAGGGCGGCAGCUUCGGUCGAGACGACGACGGCAAGGGGUUCUGGAAGACGCUGAGGUGCUGGUAG